AUGUUCCUGACUGAAGCGCCGACGGAAACUGCAGUCCUUGGCCAGCUGGACAGUAGCAGUAUUGGGGGGAGUGGCAUUGGCAUACCGCCUCCCGAUAAACCGCCCACACCACCCCUCACCCUGCGACCGUCGACGCCAUCAAUAACGCAUUUUGUAAAUGACUCCUUCAUCAUCUUCUGCCAGACAGUACAAAAGGAUAUCGACACCAAGUGGCGUGAUCCCCGCGGACAGACCCGUGAGAAUACCAAGGGACGAGUCCACAUCGAGAAGAAGACGACGGGACUUCUGGCUUUAGUUUUCGAGCACAUCUCAUUGGAGGACAGGGGAAACUGGACUUGCGAGGUGAACGGGAACCGAAAUGGGAAUAGGAAUGUGAAUGUUGAACGUGAAUUUUUGGCCUCCUUCGAGCUGCUUGUAAAUCAGAAAAUCUCAUUUGGCAAGACGGAGCAAGUGCAGUCGGUGCGCGAGGGACGCGAUGCGCUGGUCAAUUGCUUUGUGGAGGGAAUGCCCCCGCCGGAGGUCUCCUGGCUGUACAAUGGAGAAUAUAUAAGCACUGUAAACUCUUCGAAGCACAAUCGCCUGUCCAACGGUCUGUACAUCAGGAAUGUAAGCCAGGCGGAUGCCGGGGAGUAUACUUGUCGGGCCAUGCGUAUAACACCGACUUUUUCGGAUUCCGAUCAAAUAACGAUAUUGCUAAGGAUACAACAUAAGCCCCAUUGGUUCUUCAACGAGACCCUGCCCGUUCAGUAUGCCUAUGUGGGCGGAGCUGUAAACCUGAGCUGCGAUGCUAUGGGAGAGCCGCCACCAUCUUUUACUUGGCUGCACAAUGGCAAGGGCAUUGUAGGUUUUAAUCAUCGCAUAUUCGUGGCCGACUAUGGUGCCACGUUGCAGUUGCAUGUAAAGAAUGUCUCGCAGUUCGGAGACUAUAAGUGCAAGGUGGCCAAUCCGUUGGGAAUGCUCGAAAGGGUCAUCAAACUAAGAACGGGAGCCAAACCAUGGGGUCCCACGCGAUUCCAGCUAAAAAAGCUCUAUACAGAUGGCUUCGAACUGGAUAUACGAACGCCAAGAAUGACCAAUGUCUCGGAUGAGAUGCAGAUCUAUGGUUACAGGGUGGCCUACAUGAGCGACAUCGAGUUCAAGUUCAGUGCUGGCAAUUGGAGCUAUGCCAAGCAGAGGGACUUCUCCUUUCAUAGGGGUCAGCGCUUCAUUAUCCCGCACUUGGAGUCGAACACCACGUACUUGAUGAGGGCGGCCAGUCGAAAUCUUGCCGGACUAAGUGACUGGAGUGCCGUGAAGGUGUUUACCACAGCAGCUGGUUGCAGCUGGAAUCCGUCGCUAUAUCCAAUAUACGCAAUCAUCCUUGCUUUGAUCUUUACAUAGACAAAUACCAAAAAUAUAGAAAGACCCCAAAAAUCCCCAAAAACUCGUUAUUGUUGCUGCUGAGUUUUCUAUUUUCUUGUAUCUUCUGUGAUAGAACUUUGUGUGUGCAAUUCACUUAAACCUAAUCCAAGUAUGUUUAGAGAAAAAAGGAAAUUAUUAAACGAAAUGCUUUUUGCUAUAUAUAGAGACGAUAUUUGUUCCAGCCUAUUGCCAAUUUUUGCUGCCAAUUUUCAUUCAUCAAACGCAUUUUUUGUACGUUUUUUAUGAGAACAAAAAGAAACCUAUUAACGAACGAUUUUGAAAAGAGAAAGAGUGGAAUCCUUACGAUACAUACAAUACAUAUGCAUUGUCAACUCUACCUUAUAGUUAAAUAUGAAAUGCCCAACUCUACAUAAAUGUUGUUCAAGCUAAAAAAAAAAAAGAAAAACGAUUUACAAGUAAACACACAAAAAAAAACAAACAAACCGAAAACUUUGAUGAAUUUUACAAAAACCACAAAUGGAAGUCCAAAUUAUUGAUUAUAAAUUGAAAUGAAAGCAAAGUAAAUCAAUAAUAGAGAAUGGAUUGAAUUAGCUUAAUUGAAGUGUAAAACGAAAAAAGGAAAAACGAAAACCAGAAACGAGAAACAAACCCCUAAAAUGAAAUGUUUAGCUGGUAAGCAGUGCGUAUGAGUAAUAUGAAAAUAAAUUCAACUGAAUGUGUAUAAAAAGCGA